AUGGGGGUAACUUUGGAUAGUACAGCGAGCAAUAUGACAUCUGGAGUAUAUACGUUUCGUGCUCAAGGGGGAAUAUAUCAUAGAAUCGAUCAGUUAGUUCCGAGGGAUGGACAUCCUUGGUACUUACAACUUUAUUUUUAUGAUGCCGAAUCUGAGCUUUCGCAUAGACUACAAUGGCCAAAUCUUGAUAGAAACGUCAUUGAAAUGUUGACUCGUGUUCUUUCUAUAAACCCAUAUGUGAGAACAUUUCGAAGCCUUGCUGAGCUAGGACCACUCGAUAAUUAUAGAGUCACUUUGAAUGCUUCUGUGGAACUUGACCAGAGGGUGUACAACCGACCAACCACAUCUGAGGUUGAAAUACAAGUUGUUGGUAUUUGGGUGGAAGGCAAUGACAAUAUCACUGCAUACAAGAGAAGUAUUGUUGUGUAUGGAAGGUCUGACUACAAAUACCCAGACAUGGGGUGUGCAUUGAUGAAAUUGUUAAUGACAACGAAAUCUUCGAUGAGGAUCAUGAAGGUUAGCUCAGGAAGGGGUAGGAAAACUGUAACAAUGCGAGAUUAUUAUUGUUACAAGUUCCAGAUUCGGUCGAGUAAUAACGUCAUUCUAUUAGGCGGAAGAUUAUUUCAACAGUUCGUGGUAGAUAUGUACAUCAAGAUAGAGACUACACGUUUGUCUUUUAUUGAAAGGAAUCAAACAAAGAUAAGAUCAGACUUAUAUCAAGGUGUUGUGGAUUGCGUCAAUGCCGGUGAGGUUCAACCAAGUAGAAUUAGACAACGGGUUGUGCUUCCUGCAAGUUUUAUCGGAGGUCCACGUGAUAUGCGAAGAAUAUUUAUGGAUGUUAUGACUUUAGUUCAAGAUGAUGGGAAGCCCGAUAUAUUCCUUACCAUGACGUGUAAUCCGAAGUGGCCUGAAAUCCUUAAAGAGUUAUUGCCUGGUCAAACCGCGCAAGAUAGGCCGGACCUUGUUGCAAGAGUUUUUCGUGCCAAAUUAGAGGAUCUUAAAAAUCAACUCUUCAAGAAGCACAUCCUCAGCGAGGUUGGGGCAUAUGUUUAUGUCAUCGAGUUUCAAAAACGUGGUUUGCCACAUGCACAUAUCCUCAUGAUAAUGAAACCGGAACACAAGAUUACAAACCCAGACCAUUAUGACAAGAUAGUUUGUGCUGAAAUCCCGGACCCGACAAAGUAUCCUGAAAUGCACGAGCUGGUGAUAAAGCACAUGAUGCAUGGUCUUUGCGGCCAUUUACGACCGCCUAGCCCUUGUAUGGAAGACGACGGAGACGAGACACGACAGAGGCGGUACGAAGGGGAAGGUUCGGGUGUGCUUUGCCUAUUUCCUCGUCUUCGUGUUUGUGUUAGUUCGUACGGUGGUGCAGGUGUGCGUGCGUGUGUUGCGGAAGGUGAAAGGGAGAAGAGAGAUAAGGAGAUGGUGGCUGCAACAAUGAAGGGGUAG